GUUAAUGACCUCAGUGAGUUACCAAAAUCAGUAAAAUGACUGCAGUGAGUGAGAAUGACAAAGAAGAGGAAAAGCAAUGGCCACAAGUUAUGGUCAUUUUAGUCAGUAUGCUUGCUGGAAUAACCAACGGCAUGCUCUUUUCAUGGCCUUCUCCUUUUCUUCUAAAAAUAACCGAAGACAAAGAAAAUUACAACAUCACAGAGCAAGAAGGAUCAUUUUUUAAUAUCAUCCACCCACUAGCGAUCAUAAUCUUCUGUCCACUCUUCUCCAAACUCAUGGAUGUGAUUGGAAGAAAAAGGACACUGCUGCUGAUAGUCGUGCCACAAAUAGCCAGUUGGAUCUGUUCAGGAUUCGCCAAAUCAGUAUACGUGUUCUAUCUUGCCAGAGUAUUCUCUGGACUGUCUGAAAGUUGCAUAUUUGCAGCUUUAUUGGUGUACAUAGGAGAAAUCGUAAAUCCAGAAGUUAGGGGCACUUGGGGGAAUGCCAUAUCCAUUUCUCUGUAUUGUGGACAGUUUUUAGUUAACCUUAUUGGUAGUUAUUUAGGUGUAAGAGAAACAUCAUACGUUGGUUUAGCAUUCCCAAUUUUAUUCUUUAUACUAUUUAUGUUUAUGCCAGAAUCACCGUACUAUCACAUGAUAAAAGGUGAAGAAGAACAGGCUAAGAAGUCAUUAAAGUUCCUAACAAGAAAGAAAAUCAUUGACACGGAUUUUUCUAGUUUGAAGAAAGAUGUCGCAAGACAAAUGUCCGAGUCUGCAUCUUGGAAAGACUUGUUUAAGAUUAACAGCAACAGAAGAGCCUUGGUUGCUGGAUUGUUUUUACGGUUUAGCCAACAGAUGUCUGGGCUAACUGUUUUCAAUACGUACACACAAUUCAUUUUUGAGAAAGCAGGAGAAAAAAUUGGAAAGGAAGCCUCUGGUAUAAUCUUCCAAGGUGCAUCUGUGAUACUAAACGUGAUAGUUCUGUUUCUUAUAGUAAACCGCUUUGGCAGAAGACCUUGCUUCAUAAUUUCGGUAUUCUUCGCAGGUAUAGCGUUGUAUGUACUGUCUGCGUACUUUUAUCUAGACGCUUACACUCACGUUAACCUAUCACGUGUCAAGUCAGCACCAAUAGUACUUUCUGCAGUCUUCUUAUGCUUUUCUUCUUUUGGAGUAUCUGUUCUUCCUACUCUUAUGUUGAGUGAGUUAUUCUCUGCUAGUAUAAAGUCCAAAGCAAUGACUUUGAUAAUAAUGGGCUAUGGGAUUGGAAGCUUUAUAACGAAUUAUCUUUUUUACUUUUUAAAUAUAAGUCUGGGGUUCUAUUUUCCGUUUUUAUUUUUUGCCAUAUGUAAUACGAUUUCCGCAAUCGUGGGAUAUUUUAUAGUGCCUGAAACGAAAGGAAUGACUCUGGAAGAAAUUCAACAAUGCCUUAAAAGUGAUGAUGAUUUUUAUUAAGAAAAGUACGUGAUUAUUCUUUCCAUUAAUAUUGUUUUCUGUAAAUUCACUUUUGCUGUGUUAGAAUAUAGAUACAUGAAAAUUUAUUUAAUGAAUAAAAUUUUCUCUCUCUCUCUCUCUCUCUCUCUCUCUCUCUCUCUCUCUCUCUCUCUCUCUCUCUCUCUCUCUAGUUACAUUCCUUCUUGUUGAGUAUAGGGCACUUAACCGUCUCUUAGUCAAAAAUAUUGAAACAUUAAACAUUGCUGACUGGUUAGGUCUGCGUAUCUUCUUUCUUGUUUAUUCUCUGGAUAAAUUGUGUAUUAGUUUCUUCCAUCUUUCUUCUUUUUACUUCAUGCCAUUAGUCCAAUUUUUUCGUAUUUUCUCGUUGUAUUUCUUUUCCAGUUGGUGUCUGAUAUUCCUCCCUUUCUUUUCCCUUCAGUUGUUACUUAAGUGCUUGUCUUGUUAUGUUGUUUUGAUCUUUCCUCAAAGUGUAGCCAAUCCAUUUCCUUUUUCUUUCUUGACCGUCGUAGAUACCUUAGUUUGCAUUGUUCUUUCCCAUAGUUUUGUAUCAGUUAUUUUAUUUGGGCCAAUAUAUUUUAAGCAUUUUUCUAAUAUUCUCCUCAGUACUUUCCUUUCGAAUGUGUCGAGUUUGUUUUUGGAUGUUUCUUUCAGGGCACCUGCUUCACUGCCAUACCAUGCUAUUGGUCGAAUUAAGGUUUUAAAGAUUCUCAUCUUUGUAUUUGGGUAGACACUUUUAGAAUGAAAUAUAUGUGAGAAGGCCAGAUACUCUCUUGUCAAGGCUUUAUUUGUAAGUAAUGUCCCUUUUAUAUCAUUAAGACAUUGGGACUCGUUAUGUAUAAUUUUAAUCCAAAUUUAUUAUGUAUAAUAAAAAAUUUGUAGUGAUAUGGCAAAAUUUUAUAUGUCCGGUUUUUACCAAAAUGAGAUUGUUUGCUUGAUAUGUUAUUUAGUAACAUUUCUUCGAGUUGGUAGAGUUUGGUAUGUCUUUGAUGAAGGUAAAGCCCUUAAAAAUGAGAAUGGCAAUAUAUGAUUAUGUGCGCUGAUGUAUUUAUUAGAUAGUUCCGAAUUUGAUAUCUAAUUGAUUUCUUAUGUUGAAAUCUGAAAUAUGUCCAUUUAUUUUCGUUUUUGGUUUGGCAAAACAUGAUAUGUAUUUUGUAUUGUGUGUAUUCUGAAGAAAAUCAUUAAAUAAAAGGUAUUCAUUAAACAAUUAUCCAAUACCAGUUAAUAAAUUUCGUUACACCGGUAAAGUUACUAGUUGAAAAUCACAUUGGCAACUAGCUUUGUUCCCUAUGCUUCCUCGAACACCGUACCGGCCAUCUGGCUACUGAUACAGGUUGCGUUCAUUACUGCGCAGCACACUUGUACAGGUAAAUAUAUCGAAUUUAAAAUUAUCUUAAGACGAACAAUUUUAUUGUCAUUAAUUCUUAAACCUUAUUAGAAAUAUGAGUUUUAAUUGCCAGACAUUUCUGUGGUUUAAAAAGUAAUGACAAAAAAUUUUCGUCUUAAAAUAAUUUUAAAUUCAAUAUACAUGGUGAUUGAUUAGUGUGAUAAAGCUCAGUUGAUCCGCUAUAGUAAUAGAUAGCAAUAAAAGUUAAUAACAAAAAUUGCAACCAACUUUGAGCUUAUUAAUUACAAAAUUAGUAAGAAUGUUACAGGACGUGCGAUAACAUAGUGGCAGACCAAACUUAUGUUUUUUUAAACACCCUAUAUUUUAUUUUAUAUUCGAAAUCCUGUUAACUGCCCCAUCACAAAAAUAUAAAGGCUUGUAAUAUUAUAUAAGGCUUUUAGAAAGUUAGAACCAAUUUUCUAUGAAAAUUGUAAUAAGUUUAGCUCCCUGUAUAAAUAAAAAUAAGCAUAACAGUAAUGGUUUAUUAAUGCCAUAUUCUUGUUGAUUGUGAAAAUUUUUAAGAAUUAUUGAUAUUGCUAAUUUUCUUUAUAUCGAAUACAGGGUGAGUCCAAACGCAAGUACAUUCUUUUCUCAGAAAUUUUAAAUGAAACACCCUGUAUUUUAUAUCACUAUCGAAAAGUACCAUUACCGUACUUUAAUUUUUGUUUAAUAUUCCCUAUGUCUAAAUCUGUUAGUUUUCGAGAUAUUUUAAUUUCUCAGAGCAAGUUAUUAAUUAGGGUGUUCUAUUUAAAAUUACUGAGGAAAUAAUGUACUUGCAUUUUGACUUACCCUGUAUUCGAUACAAAAAAAAUUAGCAAUAUCAACCAUUUUUAUAAAUUUUGACAAUCAACAAAAAAUAUUGCACCAAUAAACCAUUGCUGUUAUGGUUAUUUUUAUUUUUACAGGGAGCUGAACUUAUUACGAUUUUCGUAGAACAUUGGUUAUAACAUUGUAAAUACAGUGGAACCUCGAUAACUCGGAUUAAUCGGGACCGCGACCGAUCCGGGUUAUCGAAAAUCCGAGAUAGCCGGAGAAUAUGGUAAAAAUUAAUAAAAUACGGUAUACUUACAGAUAAACUCCGUUAGAAUUGAAAUAACAUGAAAUAUAUUUAUAAAUAUGCACAGUAUUACCUACUCAUUAAAAUUACUAAAAAAAACACCAAACCCAAACGUAAGCAAAUGGAAGCGAACAAUACAAGACACACAAUACUAAAGACCAUUGUUUAUAAAAGAAUUUUUUAAAUAGUCUUUCCUAAACAAUGCUGACAGUUUGAAAUAAAAAGGAAUAGAUACUACAGACAGGUGGCUGUUGUUUCUGCGGCGUGUGCUAUGAGUCAUUUUUAAUAUCGUAUAGUUCAAAUUAGACACAUGAGUACACAUUAUCUCUCAAAUAUUAUAUUACAUACAUUUUUAUUGUUAAAAGGUUUGUCUGAUAAUUAACUAUUUUGAUUGGAAAUAAGCCACAAUUAAAUUGAAAAAUACAAAAUAUUGAAAAUCAAAAUGUUUAUCUGAUGAAAAUCGGUCCGGGUUAGCCGGACUUCCGGGUUAUCGGGGGCCGACUUAUCGGGGUUCCACUGUACCCUGUACAACAUAAACCUUUAUAUUUUUGUGAUGAGAAGUUAAAAAAAAUUUCAAAUAUAAAAUAAAAUAUAGGGUGUUCCAUUUAAAAAAAAAUUUGGUCUGCCCCUAUGUUAUCGAACACCCUGUAACAUUCUAACUAAUUUUGUAAUGUGGAGCUCAAAAUUGGCUACAAUUUUUGUUAUUAACUUUUAUCGCUAUCUAUUACCCAUAGCGGAUCUACUAAGUUUUAUCACACUAAUCAAUCACCCUGAUUUUGUAUUUACCUAUACAGGUUUGCUGCGCAGUAAUGAACGCAACCUGUAUCAGCAGCCAGAUGGCCGGUACGUUGUUCGAGGAAGCAUAGGUAACAAUAUAUUAAAGAAUAAGCUGUCUUAAAAUACUUUCUUGAAAACGUUGCUAGCUCUUAGACCAUUAGAGGACCUUUCAAAAUGUUUCAAAAAUGCUCUAAUGAAAAAUUAGACUAGACGGAUAUAUCAACUUUUGCCAAAACGCUACAGAAAUAUAAGUAGGUAACCCUUUUUUUAUACAGAUAUUGAUAUUGUUAAGCCUGUAUUAUAAAAGACAGAUUUACCUAAUUAAGGAAUUUUAUUAAGAAUUAUUUUAGUAUAUAAUAAUUUGUUAAUGAACAAACGCCAAUUGUUUCUGAGUGUAACAAAUGACUGUUUUAGUUUUUUAUCACACUUUUGUGAACUAUUGUAGUGAUAAUACACUAUAUGACUAAUUAGAAACGAUUUUUAUAACUAUAUUUCCAUCUAAUUUAUGACUGGCUUUAUUGUAACUUUCCGAGAAACACCUAUUGUUUAUACUCACAAAUAAUCGCAAAAUUGCAAGAAAAUAAAAACAAAUGAUUACGUGAGCAUGAGCACUAAAAUGUUUCCAGACUAUAAAGUUAUCUAAAAAUAUAUCUAGUAAAACUAUUUGUAAUGAUAAUGAUAAAUUAAUAACUUCGAUUAGUUUUAAUAUGUUUUUUUAAGAAACGGCUGUAGUGGACUUUUAAAGCAUGUCGUGUAAUAUUGUAAAUUAUGUACAAAGUUAACGUGGCCGAUUUUAUAAUAAUUGCUUAUUUAUUAUAUUAAUAUCAAGAAUAUUUAUGAAAUUAUGUGAACAAUAAACAAACUGUUUUUAA